AUGGAGAAGGACCAAAGAAGCCUGAGUCAGAGGAGUGCUCUUCUGGCUUCUCCACCUCUUUCUCAGCUCUUCCCAGCUGAUCUUGAGUCAGAUGACUGUGCAUCCAUAUACAUCUUUAAUGUAGACCAACCAUCAUCCUCUGUAAAUCAGCCAAUUUGUAUUCCUCGCCAUGGAUUCCAGUCUCACUCCACUCCUCUCUCACCACCUACAAGAAUUCAGAGCCAUAAGAACUAUGACGGAACUUGUGAGGUACCAGAAUCCAAAUAUAGUCCACUAGGUGGACCCAAACCAUUUGAGUGCCCUAGUAUUCAAAUUACAUCUAUUUCACCUAACUGUCAUCAAGGGAUUGAAGCCAAUGAAGAUGAAUUGCACACAAAUGGCACAGAAAAUGAGUAUCUGGAAAGGCCUUCACGGGACCAUCUCUAUCUUCCUCUUGAACCAUCAUAUAGGGAAUCGUCCCUCAGUCCAAGCCCUGCCAGCAGCAUUUCAUCCAGAAGUUGGUUUUCAGAUGCUUCCUCUUGUGAAUCCAUUUCCCACGUUUACGAUGAUGUAGAUUCGGAGCUAAAUGAAGCAGCUGCUCGAUUUACCCUGGGCUCUCCCUUGGCAUCCCCUGGUGGUUCUCCAAGAGGCCCCAGUGAUGAGUCUUGGCAGCAACCUUAUGGAUUUGGGCAUGCCUUGUCACCUAGACAGUCUCCCUGUCAUUCUCCUAGAACUAGUAUUACAGAUGAAAAUUGGCUAAGUCCUAGACCAACAUCAAGGCCCUCAUCAAGACCUACAUCCCCCUGUGGGAAGCGACGACACUCCAGUGCUGAGAUAUGCUAUGCUGGUUCUCUCUCUCCUCACCAUUCUCCAACUCCAUCACCUGGCCAUUCUCCCAGAGGAAGCAUAACAGAAGACACCUGGCUAAACACUUCCAUCCAUAAUGUACAAGGCCUUAAUUCUGGCCUUUCACCAUUUCAGUGUUGUACAGAGACUGAUAUUCCUCUGAAAACAAGAAAGACCUCGGAGGAUCAGACUGCGACUUUAUCUGGAAAAAUAGAUAUCUGUCCUGAAGAACAGGGGAACUUACCUUCAUCCCUUGAAACUGCAGUAGAUGACUGCUCUGGAUCUCAGCACACCUUGAAAAAAGAUUUGCCUGGAGACCAAUUUCUUUCUGUUCCUUCGCACUUUACUUGGAACAAACCAAAGCCUGGUCAUACUCCUAUAUUUCGCACAUCUUCAUUGCCACCUCUUGACUGGCCUUUACCAAGUCAUUAUGGGCAGUGUGAACUGAAAAUUGAAGUCCAGCCUAAGACUCAUCACAGAGCUCACUAUGAAACAGAAGGAAGCAGAGGAGCAGUAAAAGCGUCUACUGGAGGACACCCUGUAGUGAAGCUCCUGGGCUUCAGCGAAAAGCCAGUAAACCUGCAGAUGUUCAUUGGCACAGCAGAUGAUCGGUACUUAAGACCUCACGCAUUCUACCAGGUGCACCGAAUCACUGGAAAAACAGUUGCAACAGCUAGUCAAGAGAUAAUAAUAGCCAGCACAAAAGUUCUGGAAAUACCGCUUCUUCCUGAAAAUAAUAUGUCAGCCAGUAUCGAUUGUGCUGGUAUUUUGAAACUUCGCAAUUCAGAUAUAGAGCUCCGUAAAGGAGAGACAGAUAUUGGAAGAAAGAAUACCAGAGUGCGACUUGUGUUUCGUGUUCACAUCCCACAACCUAGUGGAAAAGUCUUAUCCCUGCAGACUGCUUCCAUACCUGUUGAAUGCUCUCAGCGAUCUGCUCAAGAACUCCCUCAGAUUGAGAAGUACAGCAUCAACAGUUGCUCAGUAAAUGGAGGCCAUGAAAUGGUGGUGACAGGAUCCAAUUUUCUUCCAGAAUCCAAAAUUAUAUUUUUUGAAAAAGGACAAG